AUGACCUUACAUCCACAGCAGAUAAUGAUAGGUCCUAGGUUUAACAGGGCCCUAUUUGACCCCUUGCUUGUGGUGCUACUGGCUCUUCAACUUCUUGUGGUGGCUGGUUUGGUCAGAGCUCAGACUUGCCCGUCUGUCUGUUCCUGCAGCAAUCAGUUUAGCAAAGUAAUUUGUGUGAGGAAGAAUCUGAGAGAGGUCCCUGACGCCAUCUCCACAAACACACGGUUAUUGAAUCUCCAUGAGAACCAGAUCCAAAUCAUUAAGGUGAAUAGCUUCAAACACCUGAGACAUCUAGAAGUCUUGCAGCUGAGCAGAAAUCACAUUAGAACAAUUGAAAUAGGGGCCUUCAAUGGUCUGGCUAAUCUCAAUACUUUGGAACUUUUUGACAAUCGUCUUAGCACCAUCCCGAAUGGGGCUUUUGUGUACUUGUCAAAACUGAAGGAGCUUUGGUUGCGAAACAAUCCCAUUGAGAGUAUUCCUUCUUAUGCUUUUAAUAGAAUCCCUUCCCUGCGAAGGUUGGACUUGGGGGAAUUGAAAAGGCUUUCAUAUAUCUCAGAAGGUGCCUUUGAAGGUCUGUCCAAUUUGAGGUAUUUGAACCUUGCUAUGUGCAACCUUCGGGAGAUCCCUAACCUCACGCCACUUGUAAAACUGGAUGAGCUAGACCUUUCUGGGAAUCACUUAACUGCUAUCAAGCCUGGGUCCUUUCAAGGAUUAAUGCACCUUCAGAAAUUGUGGCUGAUCCAAUCCCAGAUUCAAGUGAUUGAAAGGAAUGCCUUUGAUAACCUUCAGUCGCUAGUGGAGAUCAACCUGGCCCACAACAAUCUAACACUACUGCCUCACGACCUCUUUACACCUCUCCGUCUAGAAAGGAUCCACCUACAUCACAACCCUUGGAACUGCAACUGUGACAUCCUGUGGCUCAGCUGGUGGAUUAAAGACAAAGCGCCCUCGAACACUGCAUGCUGUGCCCGUUGCAACACGCCUCCUAGCUUGAAAGGGAGGUACAUUGGUGAGCUGGACCUGAAUUACUUCACGUGCUACGCUCCUGUGAUUGUGGAGCCACCAACAGACCUCAACGUCACUGAAGGCAUGGCUGCAGAGCUGAAAUGCCGAGCAUCGACGUCCCUGACCUCCAUAUCUUGGAUUACUCCAAAUGGGUCUGUUAUAACACAUGGGGCUUAUAGGGUUCGGAUUUCUGUGCUCAGCGAUGGCACGUUAAAUUUUACGAGGGUGACUGCGCAAGACACGGGCUUGUAUACAUGCUUGGUGAGUAACUCUGUUGGGAAUACUACAGCUUCUGCAACACUCAAUGUAACUGCACAGGAGUGUAUUACUUAUUUUUCAACCAUCACAGUAGAAACUGUGGAACCUUCUCAGGAUGAGGCGCGGACAACAGAGCAGGUUUGGCCCACACCGGUCAUUGAAUGGGACACCACCAAUGUGACAACCUCUCUCACACCACAGAGCACAAGGUCAACGGAAAAAACGUUCACCAUCGCUGUGACAGAUUUGAGCAAUGGGAUUCCAGGAAUAGAUGAGGUUAUGAAGACUACCAAAAUCAUAAUUGGUUGUUUUGUGGCAAUCACUCUUAUGGCAGCGGUGAUGUUGGUCAUUUUCUACAAAAUGAGAAAGCAACAUCACCGGCAAAACCACCAUGCUCCAACACGAACUGUAGAGAUCAUUAAUGUGGAUGAUGAGCUUACAGGUGACACACCUAUAGAAAGUCAUUUGCCCAUGCCAGCAAUAGAGCAUGAGCACCUAAAUCACUAUAACUCUUAUAAGUCUCCUUUCAACCACACAACAACAGUUAACACAAUAAAUUCAAUACACAGUUCAGUGCAUGAACCAUUAUUGAUCCGAAUGAACUCAAAAGACAAUGUGCAAGAGACUCAGAUCUAA